ACGUUCGGGACUCCCCGCGAGUUGCGGCGAGCGCGUGUCGCCCUCGAGCGGCCAGUCGGUGAACUAGCGCCGUGAGCUGCGCUCGCGUCGCCUGCCGGUGGAACUGGGACCUCUUACAACGCUCUGCUUCGAGUGUAGUUACUGAACAUUCCGUGUGAGAAAUUACUGUAAAAUGUUUGAGGACAUAUAAACUGCGGGAAAAACUGUUUUUUUUUAAUUUCAAAUUCAGUGUGCGCGCUUCUGCUAAGAACAUCUCCGUCUUUUUCAACGUAAAAAAAAAAAAAAAAAAUCCACAAUCGCUAAACAAUACGAUUUUUUUUAAGUUAAAAGUUUGUAAAAAAAAAAAAAACCAAAUCCGAACGUCCGUUGUGGCAUGCUUAUUGUUUUUUUUUUUUUUUUUACUUUAAACAAGCAGGAAAAGAGGGUGACUACAUAGUUAAGUUGACUUAAGUGCGUGGCUCUGCACGCGACAGCACCAGGGUCUUCACCGCGCGAAACUAUUUCGUAUCAACUUUGGCAGGGAGACGGUACUAGAUCAGAAGGAAAAAAGUGAUUGAAUUUUAUUAUCUGUUGUUUUCAACUACUUAGAUAAUUUUUGCAAUAUUGAUGCGCUCUUGUAAAUCAACUCGAAAUGUAAAGCUUCUGAACUAAAAUCAAAUAUUAAAAGUAAAAUUACCUAUAUAUACUUAGGUGUUGUAAACAUCUUUAAUUUUUAGGUCUCAGCUUGCAGUCUAUAAAACAAAGCCAGAAUUGUAAUGCUUCCACAUAACACGUUUAUUAAUUUACUAUGUAAUGUUUACUAUUCAAAGUAAUACAUUUAUAUGAAUUAGAUUAAACUGUCAGUUAUUUUAUAUAAUGUUUACACUUUCAUGUCAUUCUAACUCACGAUUAAAAAACUCAGAAUGUAUUCGUUCUUUUUUUUUUAUCACGGCUUGCUAAAUUAAUGUGAUCUGAAACGGUAAUAUGUAUCAAAUAUUUUUUUUUUUUUUGUUUUUUGUUAAAAGUGGUCCAUUUAACUUAAACAAACAAGUUUGUAGUUCAUUUCUUAAUUUACUUUCGUUUAAUGUCACUGCUCAAAAUGUUCUUAAAGUCGUUGGUGAUGGAAAAUAAAGGCCCAGAACAGAUUUGACUGGCAUUGUUUAGGGAGGAAACAUUGGCUCUCCUACAGAGUAAGGGGGAAAAAAACGUACUAAAUUUGUGGGUAAGCGCACCGAAAAAAAAAAAUAAGAACAAUAGACGAUCUAUAAAAUGUACAUGAUCUGGUACAUGUUCAUAAACUGUUCUCUUCCUCGCGGACGUAACACAGGCUGGGGUUCGUUCGACAUCUGCGCCUUCUUUUUUUUUUUUUUAGUCUGUGUGGCCGGCACUGAAACCGAUGACAACUUUUGGUGCAGUUUUGUCAUUAACAUGCACGCCUGUUCGUAAGUAACUGCCGCUCGACGCGUGUUCUCUCUCGACACGUAGGUAUUUCAUAGUGACAAACGGCCGCUGGUGAGUCGUGGUCGCAUGGUUCUUGCGGUGGAGACCCUGGAGUGAUUCGCGACGCGAGGAACUGUCGCUCUCGUGAGCGUGAGCGUGAGCGUGAUCUCUAGGUCCACGCGGCAAGGGGGAACUCGCGUGAACCGCGGGCCAUGACGUCGCCGACGACGCCGACGACGCCGUCUGAGCUCCGCCCCUUCUUCCCCUCCUUCCCCGCGCCACCCCCCACCCGAGGCGGGGAUGGCCACUCGGCGGACGUGUUCGUCGGUCGCCGGAGGAUGUCUGCCGGCGACACCCUCGCCGCCGUCGGUGGAGGAGAGGAAGCCGAAGGGACCCGCGCGGCAGACAUGGCAGACAUCUUGAUAGUGUCGAGCCAGGAUAGCCAGACGGCAGCUCUGUGGGUCAGCUACCUGACCACCUGCUUCGAGCGCUUCAGCACCCAGUGUCGCAGGGUGGUGAGCGUGGGGCUGGAGGAGGUGGCGGGCCCCCGGCCGACCCCGCCCGCGCUGCAGGAAAAGCUCGCCGGAGCCAAGCUGCAGAUCGUGAUCGUGUGCCCCCAGUUCCUGGAGCAGGCGGCGAACCGGGGCGUCUCGGUGGCCCUGGCGCGGCUGCUGCGUCCCGACCGCGUGCUCGCCAUGCUGCUGGGCGUCUCCGAGGAGCACUUCCUGCAGCAGCACGGGGCCGACCUGAUGUCAUAUCAGCAGUGGCGUCGCGUGCAAGUGAGAGACCAGGAUGAGUCGUUUGUCGGCGAAUUUUUCGAGAUUGCAACAAGCAUGGUGGCGAGAGUCUGGGGACAGACAGCUGCCCACGUGGAGAAGGCCAUGUUUUCUCUGCUGCCAAAGAAAGUGAAAGAGGGUCAGAACAAAGUCCUUGUGCUGCUGAACGACCCAAUCUCGAAGGAGGACAAGCUGAAAGUGUCGGUGGACAAGAACGGGGAGCGACUCGCGGUCGCGGGUGUUAAGAGGAGGAACCCCUACACGCUCCACUUCCAGAUGCCACCGUGCUGCCUGGAGGUGUCGAUGCUGGUCAGCGUGUACGUGGAGAAGAAUGGGGAGGCGCUCGGCUGCCGCCAGGUCAAGUGCGAGAGCAAGAUGAGGGAGCUGGACCAGAUCCUGCGGUCGAGGGACAACCCCCUCGAGUUCAUGUGCCAGACGCUGGGGUUCAGCCCGGCGGACCGGGAGCACCUGGACAGCUUCCUGGUGGGGGCGCUGCAGAGGAACCUGCCCCCUCACUUCAACCUCCUGCACUCGCCCGGGGGCCAGCCCCACCGCCCUCCCAGUCGCACCUCCAGCUCGGAGGAGUACCCCACGCUGCUGCACUUCGCCGCCAAGUUCGGGCUGGAGAAGCUGGCGUGGCAACUGCUGGAGUGUCCCGGCGGGGAGCAGGCCUGCGACAUGCGCAACGCCUGCGAGCUCACGCCCGCCGAGAUGGCAGAGGCGGCCGGCCACGUCAGGCUCGCCAACGCGCUGCGCGGAUACAUGCAAAUGACUGAGCUAACAAGCAUGUACAGCUAUCUGAAGAUAAUGAGCGAAGGCAACCACAAGACCGCAGCCAGGGACAGCCCCAGGGGCAACUACCAGCAACCGCGGCCACUGAACGAGACGUACCAGGUGCCCCCGUCGGUGCCGAGGCCGGUGAUGGACAACUACCAGGUCCCGCCGGCGGCGCGCCCCUUCGUGCCCUCCUCCCCCGUCGCGCCGGAGGACACGCCCGCGGAGGCCCUCGCUGGCUACAUGGAGAUGCACUCCUCAGCACCAGCAACGAACCAAGCGUCGACUCUGCCCGAGCAGUUGAAACCGAGCUUGGACAUUCUGAACACUGUGGCAGCUUCCAUCGUGUCCAUUCCCGACCCGCCGCCGGGGGAGGCGGCCAACGGCUCCGCCCACGUCCCGCGAUCCCCGUCCCCCAAGGGCGCCACACCGCAGGGCAAGUCCAACAGCCGACGCCAGCUCGACCAGAUGAGCGUCUGCUCGUCCCGUAGUGACGAGGAGCGGCAGCUGUCAGCCGCGGACAGCAAGAAGUCGCAGGACCAGCUGUCGCAAGGUGCCCAGGACGAGCUGCUGGAGAUAAUCAAUGACUUUAAGGAUAAUGUCCUCACCAUCUCGGAGGUGGAGAAGCUUGUCGAUUGCUGGCGAAACAGAAAUGAUGUUCAGCAGUCGUUCAAGGACAAGCAGGAGCAGCUUAGCAAGAUGCGGGAAGAAUACGAGAGGAUACAACGUGAAAUGAAGGAAAGCAUGAAGAAACCAACACCCUUCGAUCGUAUAAGGAAGUUGUUCAAAGGAAAAUCAAAAGAAGCUAAGGACUCGUGUGCGGAAAUCUCGUCGCCAAGCCCGGCGGACGUGACCAAGGUCGGUGUUGCGGAUGGCGUGUUGCCCCUGUGCCUGCGGCCAGUCAGCAGUCUCAGCCUCCAGAGCAGCUGCAGCUCGUCUUCAUCGGGUCGCAUGAGCACGGCGAGCGGCUGCAGCGGGAUCAGCCUGGGCGACAGCGGCACGCACUCUGACACGGACGACAGGAAGCAAAUGCUUGAAAGAGGGAGGACUGGCAAAGGCGGGGCGAUCUCCAACUACGAGAUCCCCCCGGCGCCCCGCCCGCUCUUCUCCCCACACCGCCCCCUCCAGCAGAGGCUGUCCCCUCCGCGGUACAUCACCGCCCCCGUGCGCUCGGCCAAGCCCCCGUCGCCGGCGCCCGAGACGCAGCCCGAGAACCAACCUCAGCAUUUCAACAUCCAGGACAGACCCCCACAGCCCGUCCCACGGCCAGACAUCCCACUGGAGGAGGGGGAAGCCUACAUCAGCAUUACAGGCGGCGAUACAGAAGAAGGGAAACCUGUGCUGGCGAAGGAAGGGGGAAAUGCCGCCAGAGACGAAUGCUGCUCGGAGUACCUCGACCUGCAGUCGGACAGUGGCACAUGCGACGGCAACACAGCUUCGACCGAGGGCGGGGACGCCCCGAGCACGGAGGUCGGCGCACAGUCUGGCCCGCAGAGCACGCCUGCUUCGCACGGGACGGACCCCCUCCCCUGCCCAGGCGGCGAAUCAGAAAAUCUCCGGGAGUACAUGAACGUGUCUGCUCCCUCUGAAAAGAGCACUACUGGAGCCCCUCCGGUUCCUCCCAGGCCUUCUUCGAGCAGGAAGCAAUGACGGCGGUUUUUUCGAUGCUGCUGCAGAAGAGCAUCAAACUGACCAUGCUGAAGUCAUGCUAGUGGAUGGAAUGUAAUAUAAACUGUGUGAAUGUGUGUGAUUUGAACUUCAGAUAGCUGUAUGUGAAAGCAGUUCUUGUGAAAUAUUUAUUGACAAAUGUACCUGUGAAAUAUAGCAAAAUGCUGUAGUUUCUCGUAUGUUUAUAGUGUAAAUAUUUCAUAAAUUAAAUUGUUGAUGUUUAUGUACAAUGUGCUGUGUCUAAACAUUUUUAAUUAAGAAUUUUCUUGUAUUGUUUGCAGCCAAUGACUGCGUGUAUUCUUUUUUUACCAUUUGAUUUAAAUAUAUUGAAAAAUGUAAAUUAUUGCUAUUUAAAAUGCAUGAUAUGUAUAUUGCUAGAAAAUAAAUUUUGAAAAAUGUA